AUGCCUCCUCGUUCACAACUUAUCAAAUGUGCCAUUAUAAGUUCCAUAUUUACAAUUAUUUGGAAUCUUGCUGAAGGUGUAAUAUCUACAUAUUUUGGAGCAGAAAGUAGUUCCCUUAGUCUUAUUUUUUUUGGUAUUAACGCCUUCAUCGAAGUAAUUUCAGCAAGUUUGGUUCUGUGGAGAUUUAAAACCGAAAUGAAAUCUGAAGAUGAAAAUUCUAUCAAUUCUAAAGAAGAAAACCUAAAGAAAGAAAGGAGGGCAACUGUUAUAAUGGGAAAUCUUUUUAUUUCACUUUCACUUGGUACAAUUAUCAACGCAACUGUUGCCCUAAUUAAGAAAAGACAACCUGAUACAGCUUUGCCAACUUUAAUAAUUUCUAGUGUAUCAUUAUCUUUUAUGUUAUUCCUUUGGUUAGGAAAACGUUAUCUUGCAUUUAAUCUCGACUCUGCAAUACUGGCAGCGGAAGCCCAAUGUUCGUUAGCUUGUUUAGAAAUUACUGGUGUGAUUUUCUUGGGAAGUUUGCUUUAUGUAGUUUGGUCAGAAGGAUGGUGGCUAGAUUCAACAGCUGCCUUAUUCCUUGGGUUAUUAUUUGCGAAAGAUGGUAUAGAAAUGAUCCUUAGUGCGAACAGCAAAAAUUUUGAUGGUGGUUGCAACUCAAAAGUUACUGCAAAAGUUCAUGUAGAAGCGUGUUUCCAUAAUCGUACAGAAGCAGUAACGAAGAACGGAAACAAUGAAAUCUAA